GAGUGCAGUGUGGGUUGGGGCCGGGGGUGGGGGCAGAGGGGGGUGGCCCAGGUGGCCCUAGGACCCCCCCUCCAUGGAAAACCAGCUAUGGCAUAACACCAUGAGAUGUUGCAAUCAAUACCAAGAAAGCCCCCACGAUGCCAAGGACAUCUUACUCCUGCUGCUGGGCCUCAUCGUUCUUGUCAACAUUGGCAUCAACGUGGCAACUAUGAUGUGGCAUGGACUCCAGAACGCCUUAGACAAGAUGAUUGAUUGGGCUACUCAGAAAAAUGAAAUUCAGGCCAGUGAAAGUCCCCCCAGUGGUCCCUCAGACAAGGCUCAGGAUGUCCACAUCCACUGCAUCCUGGACCCUGUGCAGGUGAAGAUGUCCCGACCCACGCAGUACUCCUCUUUCUCCUGCCACCAUUUCUCCAACCAUCACGGCAGCAGUCUUCUUCGCUGUCUUCGUCACCGCCGCCGCCGCCGCCACCGCCGUUGUCGCCGUCGCUGCUGCAACCACCAGCAGCGGCCGCAGAACUACAGACAAAUCCCCCAUAGCCGCUCAGUCUUCCGUAACCCACAUCGCAACCAAAAGAUGUCACAACUAUACCGAGUGCCUUUCUUUGAUCAGGAGGACCCAGAUUCCUACCUGGAGGAGGAGGACAACCUGCCCUUCCCGCAUCCCAAGUACCCACGUCGCGGCUGGGGCAGGUUUUAUCAGACAGCGGGCCUGCCCUCCAAUGUGGGGCUGUGGGGCCACCAGGGUGGUAUCCUGGCCAGUCUGCCACCACCCUCUCUCUACCUGUCACCUGAGCUGCGCUGCAUGCCCAAGCGUGUAGAGGCCAAGUCCAAGCUGAGGCUGCAGUCCUGUGGGCGCCACGGUUCCCAGUCCCGACUGUGGGGCAAUGUGGAGGCUGAGCAGUGGGCCUCGUCUCCACCACCUCCCCACCGGCUGCCCCCUAACCCCUCUUGGGUCACCGUGGGGCACAGCCCUUACCCCUCAGUGGGCUGGAUGCUGUAUGACUCCCGGGAUCAGCGGCGUCGUGGCAUGGAGGGCUUUGAGCGCCCUCAUGCCUUGGUGUCCCGGAACGCCUGGCCUGAGGCCCAGGGCUGCCGGGAGCACCACUCCCCGCAGUCCCACCGGCAGAGCCUGCUUGGUCACGCUUAUGGCCAGUCCCACCGCAGUCCCCACCCAUCCACGGAACCCUUGGGCUACAGUUCCCGGGACCCCCAUGAGGUGCGGCGUCGGGCAGCUGACUGGGCUGAGGCUCUGCCCACCCGGCGUCCUCUGAAAAUCUCUGCCUCCCUCACGGUGUUGGACGAGGCCUCCCACCAACGGACCCCAGCUCCAAGCUCAGUGCUGGUCCCCCAUUCCUCCCAGCCCCGGCCCAAAGUCCAGGCUGCAGAUCCCGCCCGUCCCCCGACCAUGUUCGUCCCACUCAGCCGGAAUCCAGGGGGCAAUGCCACCUACCAGGUGUACGACAGCCUGGAGCUGAAGCGGCAGGUGCAGAAGAGCAGAGCCAGGUCCAGCUCACUGCCACCGGCUUCCACCUCCACCUUGAGGCCCUCUCUGCACAGGAGCCAGACCGAGAAACUCAACUGACCAGCAGGCGGAUGUGGGGUGUGGGGCAGGGCAUGGAGGGAGAGGAAUAAAGAGAAACAAAGUCCAGGAAA